AUGAGCGCAUCCGCACUAUCACCGCCCGCCCUUGUCGGCGCCGCCUUCAGGACUUCCAUGACCCGUCCUCAACUUUCUCGUUGCGCCAGUCGCCUUACACAAUCCACAUCCACAAACAACUAUGCCACCUCUUCUGAAUCACACACGCCUCGCUGGGCAGCCACUCCCUCGCGCAUGGCUAUGCCUGUCCGUGCAAGACCCGGUCCUCGUCAACGCCAAUCUCCUCCCUUCACCGUAAACUCGGAUCCUUCUCUCCUCGACCAAGCAUACACCUCCUUCCUCGGCAAGAACGGCGACUCUGUACUCCCCGAAGAGAUCAAAUGGCUAGCCGUUACACACAAAUCCUUCGACCACGCAAGAAGAGGUUUCAACGACAAGCUUGCCUUCCUUGGAAAGAGAUUGUGCGAUGUUCAGUGUUCGCUGGCUCUCAUUGAACAGCCUUCUCAAGUUCACUCCUACCCAGAAUCCUUCUCGAAUCUCAAGAAGCAGUACAAACAUCCCGCCAUGAGGGNNGGUGUGGACAACGUCUCGGAAUUUGCAAAGAACAAGACGCUGGAUAAAGAGAGAUUGGCUUCUUUGGCGCGGCAAUACGGCCUGGAUGCUGUUGUGAGAUGGAAGCCAAGAAACGUGAGUUUUCGAUAUCGACAAGUUGUGCGGAGGCCGAGACUAACAAGUUCUACAGNNGUCGACAACCUUUCAUCAUCCGGUGUCGAUGUCGUUCUCGCUCACACUCUCUACUCGAUCGUCGGUGCCGUGGCCAUGGAGAAGGGAGGCGAUUUUGCAAACAAGAUUGUGAGGGAGAGGAUAUUGAACCCUCUUGGCCUCAAGUAA